GGUACAGAGGAUGCCUGGGAUGUGGGAGCGGCUGGCGGGCAACGAGCGGGGCCGCCUGGAGACCUCCGACUGCGAGUCGCUGGGCAGCGCCUCCGGCUCGGAGGGAGAUGGUGAAUAUGCUGAAGAGCUCUCUCUGCCGGACCUGGACCUGCUGCACGACCCCGAGGAUGAGUUGCUGUGUGCCAACCUGAUGGAUCUGGUCCAGACCACGCUGGGCAGAGCCCCACUGGGUGCCAAGCGCUGCUCCCGGCUCCUCAUGCCGGCCCAGCUCCUGGCACAGGUGAGAACAGAGCUGCUGCGCCUGGCCUGCAGCGAGCCCUGUGGGCUGCGCGGGGCCCUCCUCGACCUCUGCGUGGAGCACGGCAAGGCCUGUCACGACGUCGGGCACAUCGCUGUGGACCCCGGCGUGGUGCCCACCUUCCAGCUCACCCUGGUGCUCCGGCUGGACUCCCGCCUCUGGCCCAAGAUCCAGGGACUGUUCACCUCCGGGCCGGCUUUCACGCCGCUGAAGCUGAGCACGGGCUUCAGGGUCAUUAAGAAGAAGCUGUACAGCUCGGAGCAGCUGCUGAUAGAAGAGUGCUGACGGCCGUGCCGGGGAAGAAGCGACUUACCCAAGUGCUUUGGAGGAGCCGGCUCCCGGCAGCCACUGUAGUUUAGGCUAGGCUGGAGUUAGGGCUGUAGGUGGAAGUAGUUUGGACAGGUGAAGGUCCCACAGGGGUGCCUGUCUUUGUCGGGGGUGUCCCUGAUGUGGAGUGGACCGGGACUGAGGCAGAGGUCUCUUCACACUGUCGAUGAUUGAGGUGACCGAGCUCCCGGCAGCAGGGCUGCUGGGGGGGCAGAUGGUCUCCUGUUGGCUGAUUAAUAAUGAUUGGGGUUUUUUUGUAGUAACGAGGAUUGUAAUCAAUGGGGCUUCGGGGAGGGGCUGUGUGUGGGAGUGAGCAGCGGCUGGGCUGGAGGCUGGAUCAAAGACAAGCCCCCACCGCUGGCAGCUCUGCGUGGGCUGCCGGGGGAGGGUGGAGGAGGUGCCCGAAGUCUGCUGCGUCUUUGAUCCCGAGAGGGGAGAGCGGUGGCAGAGGGGCGUGCGAGGUGACGCAGGGACGGAGGGCAGGACCCCUCGCCGCGGGUGCUUCAUUGGUUACAGUUUACACUCAUCCACUUGAUGUUCAAGUGCAAGACUUCCUAUGCAAUCGUUGCGGGCUGGGGUGGGUUUUUUUUACUUUUCUAAUAAAACUUGUCUUAAU